AUGGCGUCAGACACCGAGGGCAUAGCCGCGCUGUUCUCCAUGUACAACGAUGACGACGAAGAGGACGCCGACGAGCCCGGACCUCCUUCCCCGCCGCCGCCCGCUGCGGCAGCCUCCCCCUCCACGUCACCUCGAACCGGAGGUGAGAGCUCCAACCCUAACUCGAACCCCAACCCUUCGCCGGAGCACUCGCCCCCUCCCCUCCUCGAGGAGCAGGCCGGCCGCAAAACCCUAGCGAGCCCCCAGGUCUCGCCGGCGCUUCCGCCGCUGCCCUCGCGCCGUUCGCCCCUGCCCUUCGCGGUUUCGUCCCCCUCCCCAUCUCGCCCCCCGCUGUCCGCCCCGCCGCCCGAUCUACCGCGGCCGCCACGGCGCGGGUCGCUUGCUAUAGUGGACUACGCGCAUGACGAGAUGGCAAUGUCGCCUGACCAGGAGGACGGGGAGAUCAUGAGUGGCAUAGGCGGUUUGGGCUCGGAUGCUCAGGAUGCUGAGGGGAUUCUUGAAGAAAGAAUUCUCUCAGGUACUGUUAAUAUUCUCACCCCAAAAGUCCUAUCAGAAACUUCUCAGCAUUUGGAUGCACCUGAGCAGAACCAAAUGGGGGCAGAUGUUCCAGUGGAUGUAACUGGAACAGAAGCUGAAGAUGCUAGGGUGGAGGAAGCUUCUGAUAUUUCUACCAAUGUUCACAAUGAUGAUCCAUUGAGCCGUUUUCUUCCUCUGCCCGUGUCUACAAAAUGUUCUACAGCAUUACAGCAAAGGAUUAACAAGUUCCUUGGAUACAAAAGGUCUGGAAAGAGCUUUAAUGCUGAAGUGCGUAACAGAAAGGACUACAGAAAUCCUGACUUUUUGCAGCAUGCUGUGCGGUAUCAAGAAAUUGAUCAGAUAGGGACCUGCUUCAGUAAAGAUGUUUUCAAUCCAUAUGGGUACGAUAAAAGUGACUACUACGAUGAGAUAGAAGCUGAUAUGAAGCGUGAACUUGAGAGGAAGGAACAGGAGAAGAAAAGAAAUCCAAGAAUUGAUUUUACUAGCUCUGGAAUACAACCUCCAAUCAAUCCAUCAAUAGCGAAGAUUUCAGCCGCCAUAUCAGCAGCAGCUGUAGCUGGUGUAUCGGUUCCGGCAUCGGCAGAUACUGUACAGAAAGAGGCUAGGCCAAACAAAAAGUCAAAAUGGGAUAAGGUUGAUGGUGAUACUAAGAACCCUGCAGCUGCUAGUGGACUUGACAAUCGGUCAGCAGCCGGUGGAUCUGCCACACUUUUGACUUCUGAAAAUGCUGGUGCUGGUGGAUAUGCUGCUUUUGCCGCGGAUUGCUCUUGCCGUUCGCACUUCGCCCCUCGCUUGCUCACCACCAUCAUCAUCCUCGCAGCCUUUUUCCCCAACAGAUUUCGUCCGGGCUCCUGCAAAGGGGCGCCGAGGCUCUUGAGUGCUGUGCGCGGCGGAAGCAAGCCCCCGUCCGGUUGUCUUCUUCCUCCGCCAGAGGACAAGGGGCGGUCACAAGGGAUCACCCACAGGGCCGCCGUGCGGUGCGGUGGCUGCCUUCAUAAGCGAGGGAGGGAAGCAGUCCUGUGGAGUGCGGUACAGAGGAGCGGCGUUUCUUCUUUCUUCUUCCUCUCGGCGACGGUGCGAGGCCAGCAAGGGGAGAUGUCGGAGGUGAAGCCGGAGGAGAUCAGCCACCCGGCCAUGGAGCAGCUGCAGGGGUUCGAGUACUGCAUCGACUCCAACCCUCCAUGGGGGGAGGCCAUCAUACUGGGCUUCCAGCACUACAUCCUGGCGCUGGGCACGGCCGUCAUGAUCCCGGCGGUGCUGGUGCCCAUGAUGGGCGGGAACGACGGAGACAGGGUGAGGGUGGUGCAGACGCUGCUAUUCGUCACCGGCAUCAACACGCUGCUGCAGUCGCUCUUCGGGACGCGGCUGCCGACGGUCAUAGGCGGCUCAUACGCCUUCGUCAUCCCGGUGAUGGCCAUCGUGCAGGACUCCUCGCUCGCAGCCAUAUCUGACGACCACGAGAGGUUCCUCCAGAGCAUGCGGGCCAUACAGGGGGCACUGAUAGUGUCGUCCAGCAUUCAGAUCAUCCUUGGUUACAGCCAGCUCUGGGGUAUUUUCUCCAGAUUCUUCAGUCCGCUGGGAAUGGCGCCGGUGGUUGCGCUGCUCGGUUUUGGUCUCUUCGAAAGAGGAUUCCCUGUGGUUGGGAGAUGCGUUGAGGUUGGCCUGCCAAUGUUAAUCCUCUUUGUUGUGCUUUCCCAGUAUCUGAAGAAUGUACAGAUAAGAGAGAUCCCCAUACUGGAACGGUUCUCCCUGUUCAUCUGUAUCGCAUUGGUCUGGGCGUAUGCUCAAAUCCUCACUUCUGGUGGCGCGUAUAAUCAUAGCACCGAGGUCACUCAGAUCAACUGCCGCACUGACCGUGCCAAUCUCAUCUCUUCUGCGCCAUGGAUUAAGAUCCCAUAUCCCCUGCAGUGGGGGGCACCAACCUUCAGUGCCGGGCAAUCGUUCGGUAUGGUGUCUGCGGUUUUGGUGUCGCUAAUAGAGUCCACAGCUUCUUACAGCGCUGCAGCUCGGCUUGCAAGUGCAACUCCACCCCCAGCUCACAUCCUGAGCAGAGGCAUCGGGUGGCAGGGGAUUGGCAUCCUCCUUUGUGGGCUCUUUGGAACAGGGACCGGCUCCACUGUCUCAGUGGAGAACGUGGGGUUACUAGGAUCAACGAGGAUCGGGAGCCGCCGCGUCAUACAAAUCUGUGCUGGCUUCAUGAUCUUCUUCUCCAUGCUGGGGAAAUUUGGAGCGCUGUUCGCUUCCAUCCCGUUCACCAUCUUUGCCGCCGUGUACUGCGUCCUGUUCGGACUAGUUGCUGCGGUGGGGCUCUCCUUCUUGCAGUUCACCAACAUGAACUCCAUGCGCAACCUGUUCAUCGUCGGCGUGUCCAUCUUCCUUGGCCUGUCCGUGCCGGAGUACUUCUUCCGCUACAGCAUGGCUGCCCAGCGUGGUCCUGCGCACACUAAAGCUGGAUGGUUCAACGACUACAUCAACACCAUCUUCUCGUCGCCGCCGACGGUGGGGCUGAUGGUGGCCGUGUUCCUGGACAACACGCUGGAGGUGAAGGACGCGGGCAGGGACCGCGGGAUGCCGUGGUGGGUGCCCUUCCGCUCCUUCAAGGGGGACAGCAGGAACGAGGAGUUCUACAGCCUGCCAUUCAACCUCAACCGCUUCUUCCCUCCCUCGUAA